AUGAUCGAGUCGGAGGGCCUCAAGGCAUCGGAUCUGCUGGCUGCCUUCGUGGAGCGCCGGGUGCUGCCUCUUCAAGCCUGGCCCCUCAUAAUCAGCAACAUGAGUGGGCACCGGGACCCAUGCCGGAUGUCAACCAAGGUGCUUCCGGACAUAGAGGUGGUCCGGAUGGUGAACUUCUUCCUCGACUGCAGGCUCUUGGAGACGGAAUGGCGGUUCGGCAAGCCUCCGUACAGCCGUGCUAACCCACCGCCUGCGUGCUUCCCGGGCCAGACGGCGACUGACGCACUGGCCCCAUGUCAUCCGUACCUGGCGGACCGGGCGGAAAGCGACGUGGACGACCAUGAGCUGGGGGCGGCCUCCAUGGAGGAGGACGACGCCACAGGUGGCGGCGGCGAGGGAGCAGGCGGCUCCUCAGGAGGCGGCCUCGGGGAGUGGCCGGACGACGAUGAGGGGGAUGACGAGCCGCGCCGCACCCUUGGCGCCGAUAGGACAGGUGCCAGCUCCUUGGCCGCGCCGACUGCAGUAGGCGUCGCACCGAAGCAUCGGGCCGACGCCGGGUUGUUUGGCAGUCAGCCCAAGAAGACCAAGACCUCGGCCACCGCGACCAAGUGGCAAGAGGCCGUCGCAAAAGCGGCCCUCUUCCAGAAGGCCCAAAGCAGCGCCAGCUGGUGUCCGCAGGAGCGGGAGGCCGUGGCCCGGGCGAAGGUGGAGGCGACCGAGGCGGCACAAGUGGAGGCCAACACGGCGGCCAACACGCAAGCCGACGAGGCGGCAAAGGCGCAAGCCGACGAGGCGGCCAAGGCGCAAGCCGACGCCGCGGCCAAGGCGCAAGCCGACGCAGCGGCCAAGGUGCAGGCGGGCGCGGCCACCAACGCGCAGGAGGAGGAGGCGUCCUGCAACAGGGCUCCAGAGUCCACCAGCCUGCAGCGCACGGAGCCGUCGGUGCCGGAGGGCCAGGCGCCAACUGGAGGGGCUGGUGUCGACCAGUCGGCCCUGGAGAGGGGAGGGGGAGGCCCUGUUGUCUUGGCGGCGGAGGUGCCUCGGCGCACGCCAACUGCCCACGCGCCGGGCAGCAGGCCUGAAGCGCUGCCGGUGCCGCCAUCUGGCAGCGAGUUGGUGGUGGGUCCAACUCCCACGGUCCGUGUUCCCCCGCUCCAGCGCCUGGCGAGGGUGAUCUCGGCCCCAAGGCCGAUGGAGUCGGGGCCACUAGCUCAUCGGCGCCCGACACCGAGGCCACCAGUGCCGCCCCACCGGAUUGGACGUCUGGGGGCGGCAUGGGUUCCUGAAUAUGGCCGUGCAGGACGUUCUGGCCCGGUUCAACACCCAAGGUGCCAUCCUCCAACAAUCUAUGCAGGAGUUCUUGGCAACGCGGGCGGCCAUCGGGACUACCACAAUCUCCGCAUGGCCGCCUACAACUCCCAGAACCAGGAGCUGGCGAAACGGACCACCGACCUGAAUCAGAGCGGGAAGGCCGCCGCAGAGCUGCGGAAGCGCUUGGGCGAGUUUGAGUCCGCGCUCCACACCAAGCAGCAGGAGCGCAGCCAGGCAGCUCAGGAGUGCGACCGCCUGGCGAAGGAGCUGGCGGACCAGGCGGAGCGGCACAAGGCGGAGCUCCAGAAGCUGAAGGAGAGCGAAGGCCUCCUCGAGGCCGAGUUCGAGACUCAACUCUCGAACUGGGCCGAGAAGGAGAAGUUCCUGUCCGACGACUAUGGCGAGAUCGAGGAUAUGAUCGACGGUGAGUUACUUCUUCUUUUGAACAGCUGCCGGCUGCUUUAG